CGCGGUUGAGAACACCUCGAUGACGUCACACAUGAGGAAGAACAAAACAAGAUGGCGUCUGACGGAGAAUACGUUGUUUUGGUUAUUAUGGUUUCUUGGUCUUAAUUACAACGUACAUGUGCACAUGUGUGUCGUUUAACAGAGUAAACGUCGUUAUUAAUUGUUUGUAUGCGGAUACAUUAGUCGGAGUGCACUUUGACAUGCUAGCCUAGCCUGCUGGUUAGCUUAGCUUGUUAGCUGCUAACAAAGAGAGGCGGAAGUGAUCGACACAUCAAAGCAGAGAGCCAAUGUAAGUGUAAAGUGUUAUUAUUGUGUGAACAUGUCUACAUUACAAAUUAUGUGAGCGUUGUAAUUGUUUGGGUCCGGAUACAUUAGUUUAUGCGCGCCGUGUUGCUUCCCGUACUAGCUUAGCUUGCUAACUUAGCUUGCUAAAGCUGCUAACAAAGAGAGGCGGAAGUGAUCAAAACACAUCGCUUAGUUAAGAUCAAGUGUGAGUGUAAAGUGUUGUGAUUGUGUGAAAAUGUGCGAAAGAACGAUAGCAGAGUACGAGGAGGAACUUUGUCCAACAAAAGAGGAGAAGGAGCGACAACAUCAACUAUUGGACGCUGUUUUCAAGAAACAUCAAGUUGUGUUACACAGAACAGACAAAUGUGAAGAACAUCUUCUCCCUGAGCAGCAAGAGUGGAGCCUCAGGAUGGAGCAGGAGGAGCCACAGCCCUCUCGCAUUAAAGAGGAAGAUGAGGCGCCACAGUCCUUACACAUUAAAAAGGAAGAAGAGAGCCCACUGACCCCCCACGUUAGUGAAGAAGAUGAGGCCCCGCAGCCCCCUCGCAUUAAAGAUGAAGAGGAGGAACACAGCAUCAGUCAGGAGUUCCCAGUGAUUGUUGUCAUUGUGAAGAGUGAAGAUGAGGUCAAAAGUGAAAGUGAGGAGAGGAGAGAGGCGGAGCCUCCAAGCAGCAGCUCAACUCAACACAUGACAACAGAAGCUGAUGGAGACCACUGUGGAGGAUCACAAGCAGACAAGCUCUUAGCUCCACUAUCAGAUAGUGAGGACACAACGUCACACUCUCCUGACACUGAUGAUGAACACUCUAAAGAUGAUAAGACAUGUCACACUGACAACACACACUUCACAUGUUCUCACUGCGACAAAACCUUUAAAUACCGUUGUCGUCUGGUAAGACACAUGAGAACGCACACCGGAGAAAAGCCUUUCACCUGCUCAGAAUGCGGUCAAAGGUUUGCACGGAAAAAUGAGUUAAAAGUACACACCAGAACACACACUGGGGAAAAACCUUUUUCAUGUUCAAUUUGCGGUAAAGACUUUACUCGAAAGCACCAUUUGAAAACACACAUGAGGAUACACACUGGAGAAAAACCUUUUUCCUGCUCAGAAUGUGGUAAACGUUUUGUAACAAAUAAAUAUUUAAGAUUACACAUGAGAAGACACACUGGAGAAAAACCAUUCAUGUGUUCAAUUUGCAGUAGAAGAUUCACCCAGAAGGCAUAUUUAUUAAGACACACUAGAAUACACACUGGCGAAAAACCGUUUAUAUGUUCAGUUUGUGGUAAAGGUUUUAUACAAAGUCCGCAUUUGAAUGUACACAUGAGAAUACACACUGGUGAGAAAGUGUUGAGUUGCAGUGUGUGUGGUGAACGAUUCUCUUCUAAGUACCAGUGUAAGAAACACAAGUGUGCUGGUGAGAACAGCAGCAGCAAAUGAAGAUGCCAUCCAUCCAUCCAUCCAUUUUCUACCGUUUGUCCCGUUCGGGGUAGCGGGGGGUGAAGAUGCAGGAUUUGAAACAGACUUUCAAAACUUUAACGUUGACUUUCUAACAACAUCAGCACAUAUAACGUGUGUGACAUCAUUGUUGUGUGUGUAACACAAUCUUGUUAAUAUGAUUCUAACAUUUAUAGAGUAGACACUUCAGGUUAGUGCUUUUAUUUCAGUCAAGUACAUGAGUUAAUAUACACAUUUGUGUACUUUAAAAUGAACAGAACAAUUUGACUGAAAGAGUGAGAAUAAACAGUACAUAAAAUAUACUACAUACAGUAAACAUCAUAAUAGUGUUUUUUAUGGACGUUUCUUUAAAUAAUGAAGUGUUACAUAUUUUAAUUUGUAUUUGUGCAUGAUUCCAUAGAUGAACUCCUUUUAUAUGAUAUACAUAUUUAUAUAUCCUUUGCUUUUGAGUACACAUAAAUCCCUUUUAGUUCAUAUUUACUGGUUCACAUCUGAAACAUAUUAUUUACUUUAUACAUCAUUUGAACAGUUGUGUUUUAUACAAGAUCAUUUACUUUUAAAAUGUGUGACUUUAUGAGUCAUUUGUUGGGUCUCUAUAAUCCAUUCUAUUAAUUAUCUUUUUUACUCUCUUGUGUAAUAUGAAUAUUGUUGUGUGAUUGUUGUAUAUGUAUGUCCCCAGACCUUUAUGCAAUAAACAAUGUAUGCUUCAACUAAAGUUGGGUACAAUAAUUGUA